AUGAAACUGUUUCUUCUUUUAUUAGACUAUUUUGACAUUUUGAAAAAGGAAGUGUAUGAAAAACCUUCUGGCAAAGUACGCACUUUCUAUAUGACUGCAGAGGAGGAAAUAUGGGACUAUGCUAUUCAUAGUUUAAAGAACAAGGUUCCAGAAAGAGAGAGCUUAUCCUUAUUUGAAGUCAAAAAUGGUCUUGGUACAAAGUAUUACAAGGCACUUUACUACGAAUAUACAGACAGUACCUUUACCAAAAAGAAGAAAAAGCCUGAAUGGCAAGGAAAUAUGGGCCCCGUCUUGAGAGCUGAAGUUGGAGAUACCAUUGUAGUCCAUUUUUGGAAUAAGGCCACUCGACCUGUGACUAUGCAUCCUCAUGGCGUAUUUUAUGAAUUUGAAAACGAAGGUGCCAUUUUUAAAGAUGGAUACGAAAAGGCCGCUAUAGAGCCAAAUCAGAAAUUUACAUAUACCUGGACAGUGCCUCCCAGAGCUGGUCCUGGGCCAACAGAUGAGAACUCUGUUGUUUGGGGUUAUCACUCUCAUAUAUCAGAAGGUGAUAUCUAUGCUGGUUUGUACGGUGCAAUAGUAGUGUAUAGACCAGACACCUUAUCUGAUAAGGAAGUUGUUACUUGUUUAUUCAUAUCAGAUGAGCGUCAGUCAGCAUAUUUUGAUAAAUCAGUCUCUACUCUUUAUGAUAAAGCAAAGUUAAAGGAUGAUACAGGGAUGCAUAGUACGAACAAUGGAUUUCAUGUUAUCAAUGGCCUCGUCAAUUCUUCUCCCAUAGAUCUCGUAUUCAAAAAGAAAAAGGUUGUUUGGCACCUUAUCGGCUGGGGUACUUUUUGGGAUACUCAAUAUGUGAAGUGGGAAAAUGCUAGGGUAACUUUGAAUGGCAAACGAACGCAUCAAGUACGCCUUUAUCCUGCAUCAUUUUAUACAGUUACAUUACAAUUUAAAGAAUCUGGUCAAUGGAAGUUUGGUUAUUUAGACAGAGAGAGUGAAGGCAUGAUCAUGCAUUAUAAUGUUAGCUUGUAA